AUACAUUAAGUAUGUAUGUAUUCAUUCGUGUACAAAUUCACAUCCAUUUGUCCAGACAUUCAUUUUUACAUUCACCAUUCACUCAACAUUUUGCAGGUCCUGUACAUAUCUUAUCGCUGAAAUCUUUAAGGAUGAAGACCAGACCGUGGUAAGGAGUUAUAAUUGUGCCUCUGUUUUCAUAAGCUAAGCAAACCCACAUCCUAAAAGCUCUACGUGGGAAUCAGGGGAAAAGUGAUUGUUCCCUAAACGUCCGGGGAGUAGAAAUGCCAAUCUGAAAGCGUAUUUCCAAAAAGGCACAGUGGCAGGACGGCGGGGUGGGAAACAGGCCUGGCUGGAAGGAUCUCUAUAUGUGUAUUUUUAUCGUCCAUGUGUUGGAUGAAGCGGAGAGCUGCCAGAUAGCUUCUUUUCCACAGCUUGGAGUUACUGUUGGGAACAGAUCCAUGUAUGGAAGCGAAAGCCGAAAGGCACAGAUAAGCAGAGAUCCAGCUAUGCAAACCAUGUUUAGAGACACUUAAAGGACAAGCAUCUCAGGUCCUCUCUUUCUGGUAAAUUCGGAGCAGCCAUCAUACGGGGUCUUUUCUCACAGCCAGCCCAUGCGGACCGAGCAGCCCAGACUUGACGGAGGUGAGCUGCAAUCUUUGAGAGAAACAGCCACACGGAGAAUCCUUCAGAGAUCUUGGCUGGGGACCACCUCUCCCCUCACCCCCAUGUCCUUAGCGGCUUGUGUCAGCAGCUUCUAGCCACGGUACUGCUGUGCACGUCUACAUGUAGGAAAAACACAAUGAGGGGGUGAGAGAAAAUCAUUGAUGAAACCCCACAUCCCUUUGCUAAACGAGAGCUUCCUUCAGCACAAGGGAUAGAAGGCGGAGGAAGAGAGAUACAUCUGGAGUAACAAUUUCAGAGGUUGGGACAGUUGGAAGCCUACCAUUGUACAACAUGCUGCGAUUAAGACUCUCACCUACAUUUUCAGUGGGAUUUCAUCUGUUAGCCUUCGUGGCACUCUUAUUUUCCCAUGUGGACCUUAUAAGUGCUGACACAGAAAUGGAAGGAGAAGGCAAUGAAACUGGCGAGUGUACCGGCUCAUAUUACUGUAAGAAGGGGGUGAUUUUACCCAUUUGGGAGCCCCAAGACCCUUCCUUUGGAGACAAAAUUGCUAGAGCUACCGUGUAUUUCGUGGCCAUGGUCUACAUGUUUCUCGGAGUCUCUAUCAUUGCCGACCGGUUCAUGUCCUCUAUAGAAGUCAUCACGUCUCAAGAAAAAGAAAUAACCAUAAAGAAACCCAAUGGAGAGACCACCAAGACCACUGUGAGGAUCUGGAAUGAGACCGUUUCGAACCUGACCUUGAUGGCCCUGGGAUCUUCUGCUCCAGAGAUUCUCCUUUCGGUAAUUGAAGUGUGUGGCCACAACUUCACUGCGGGAGACCUAGGUCCCAGCACCAUCGUGGGAAGUGCUGCGUUCAAUAUGUUCAUCAUUAUCGCGCUUUGUGUUUACGUGGUCCCAGAUGGAGAGACGAGGAAGAUUAAGCAUUUGCGUGUGUUCUUUGUGACAGCAGCCUGGAGCAUCUUUGCCUAUACUUGGCUUUACAUUAUUUUGUCUGUCAUCUCUCCUGGGGUCGUGGAGGUGUGGGAAGGUUUGCUUACUUUCUUCUUCUUUCCCAUCUGUGUUGUGUUCGCUUGGGUAGCAGAUAGGAGGCUUCUGUUUUACAAGUAUGUCUACAAGAGGUAUCGGGCUGGCAAGCAGAGGGGAAUGAUUAUUGAACAUGAAGGAGACAGGCCAUCUUCCAAGACUGAAAUUGAAAUGGAUGGGAAAGUGGUCAAUUCCCACGUUGACAAUUUCUUAGAUGGUGCCCUGGUUCUGGAGGUUGACGAGAGGGACCAAGAUGAUGAAGAGGCCAGGCGAGAAAUGGCUAGGAUUCUGAAGGAGCUCAAGCAGAAACAUCCGGAGAAAGAAAUAGAGCAAUUAAUAGAAUUAGCUAACUACCAAGUCCUAAGUCAGCAGCAAAAAAGUCGAGCAUUUUACCGCAUCCAAGCUACUCGCCUCAUGACUGGAGCUGGCAACAUUUUAAAGAGGCAUGCAGCUGACCAGGCAAGGAAGGCAGUCAGCAUGCAUGAGGUCAACACUGAAGUGGCUGAAAAUGACCCUGUUAGUAAGAUCUUCUUUGAACAAGGGACAUACCAGUGUCUGGAGAACUGUGGUACUGUAGCCCUGACCAUUCUCCGCAGAGGUGGUGAUUUGACCAACACUGUGUUUGUUGACUUCAGAACAGAAGAUGGCACAGCCAAUGCUGGGUCUGAUUACGAAUUUACCGAAGGAACUGUGGUCUUUAAGCCUGGUGAGACCCAGAAGGAGAUCAGAGUUGGCAUCAUUGAUGACGAUAUCUUUGAGGAGGAUGAGAAUUUCCUUGUGCAUCUGAGCAACGUUAAGGUAUCUUCCGAAGCCUCAGAAGACGGCAUCCUGGAAGCCAAUCAUGUUUCUACACUCGCUUGCCUCGGCUCUCCCUCCACUGCCACUGUGACUAUCUUCGAUGAUGACCACGCUGGCAUCUUUACUUUUGAGGAACCUGUGACUCAUGUGAGCGAGAGCAUUGGCAUUAUGGAGGUGAAGGUAUUGAGAACAUCUGGAGCUCGAGGAAAUGUUAUCGUUCCCUAUAAAACCAUCGAAGGGACUGCCAGAGGUGGUGGGGAGGACUUUGAGGACACUUGCGGAGAGCUCGAGUUCCAGAACGACGAAAUUGUCAAAACAAUAUCAGUCAAGGUAAUUGAUGAUGAGGAGUAUGAGAAAAACAAGACCUUCUUCCUUGAGAUUGGAGAGCCCCGCCUGGUGGAGAUGAGUGAGAAGAAAGCCCUGUUACUGAAUGAGCUUGGUGGCUUCACAAUAACAGGAAAAUACCUGUACGGCCAGCCUGUCUUCCGGAAAGUUCAUGCUAGAGAACAUCCGAUCCCUUCUACUGUAAUCACCAUUGCAGAGGAAUGUGAUGACAAGCAGCCGCUGACCAGCAAAGAGGAAGAGGAGAGGCGCAUUGCAGAAAUGGGGCGCCCCAUUCUGGGAGAACACACCAAGCUGGAAGUGAUCAUUGAAGAAUCCUACGAAUUCAAGAGUACCGUGGACAAACUUAUUAAGAAGACAAACUUAGCCCUUGUGGUUGGGACAAACAGCUGGAGAGAGCAGUUUAUCGAAGCCAUCACUGUCAGCGCUGGGGAAGAUGACGACGACGAUGAAUGUGGGGAGGAGAAGCUACCCUCCUGUUUCGAUUAUGUGAUGCAUUUCCUGACUGUGUUCUGGAAGGUCCUCUUCGCCUUCGUCCCCCCUACAGAAUACUGGAAUGGCUGGGCCUGUUUCAUUGUCUCCAUCCUCAUGAUCGGCAUACUGACAGCUUUCAUUGGAGACCUGGCUUCCCACUUCGGAUGCACCAUUGGCCUGAAAGAUUCUGUGACUGCGGUAGUGUUCGUCGCGCUUGGAACUUCGGUACCAGAUACGUUUGCAAGCAAAGUGGCCGCCACCCAGGACCAGUACGCAGAUGCAUCCAUAGGUAACGUCACUGGCAGCAACGCGGUGAACGUCUUCCUGGGAAUCGGCGUGGCCUGGUCCAUCGCUGCCAUCUACCACGCAGCCAACGGGGAACAGUUCAAAGUGUCCCCUGGCACGCUAGCUUUCUCUGUCACUCUCUUCACCAUUUUUGCUUUCAUCAAUGUGGGGGUGCUGCUGUAUCGGCGAAGGCCGGAGAUCGGAGGUGAGCUGGGUGGGCCCCGGACUGCCAAGCUCCUCACAUCCUGCCUCUUCGUGCUCCUAUGGCUCUUGUACAUUUUCUUCUCCUCCCUGGAGGCCUACUGCCACAUAAAAGGCUUCUAAAGGAACAAUCAGAUAUAGUAAAUUUAUAUAUAUAUACGUAUAUAAAUAUAUACAUAAAAUAUUAUGUAUAAUGAACAGAGGAAACUGACAUUUGUCAUGUUCACUUACCUGCUGAUGGAACCCAGCUUCAAGAGCAUACUCUGUACUAGGGCGGAAGUGAGAAACCAUCACCUCUUAUUCCCAGGGGGCAUCGCCACUUUGAACGAGGCACGGAGGCAGGGGCAUCUGUGCAGCUCAGCCUAGAAGGACUGUGUUCUCUCCAGGUUCAUAAAUCAUUAAGUCUUUGUUUUCUGUUUCCGCUUGUUUUUGGUGGGGGCUGGGAGGUGGCUGACGUUUGACUUUUAUUUUGUAUUAUUUUGUUGGGAGGGUCAACGUUUCUGUUUCCCUUGCGGGAGGUGAUGACCAAUCUAAGUGCAAAUGGGUUUUUGGUAAAAAUUUAAAUCGCUACAAUUGCCCUCUCUUCCAAACACUUGACAAAUUAUUUGGGAUUCAGAAAGGACAUGGGCACUGAAGAAGAGGCAGGUCUUCACUCGAUCACUAAAUUUCGUGCUUCUCUCUGGGACAUGAGCAGAGAUAAAGCUGCCUCCAAGAAGAAGCAUGGGCGCUUGAAUGGAGCCAGGAGAAGUGAGGGCUCUAGAUACAGUCUGACAUUUAAAGAUAUGAUGCCUGACAGUCUUGUUUAACAGGUACAGGAAUAACGUGCCUAGAUUCCCAAGAACGUGCAAAAUCAUUUACUUCUUAUCUCUUCAGGUCUGGACUAUGAUUAGCAAGGCCCUUAUUCUGAUUUUCCAGCCUGGCUAACCCCCAGGUCCCCCAUCCCAAUCCUCCUCCUCCUGCCCACCAUCUCUCAAGCAAACAGGAAUAACCCCAUUCAAAAAAGCACAUCAUCGUUUUCCAUUUGCAUCAUGUGUGUCCCAGUCCCAUGUUCGCUGUUGCCUGGGAUCAUUUGUCAGCUUUAUUUUUGAAAGUAUCCAUGGCUUGCACAAUCCUGUUCCAGUCAUGACUGAACAUUUGCUCCUUCUUCGUGUGCCUGUUGGGGAAUGUUGUCGUGAUACCUGUUACACAGUGCAUGGAUGAAAAACAAAAUAAGCGUAUCUGUAUAUAGUAGAGUAUAGCGCAUACUGUUCUCCCAUUCAGCAACGUUGACUGGACAUUGAAGAUAUAAGUGAGUCUCCUUUUCACCUGAGUUGUAACGUUUGUGUUGUGAGUUUGAUUUUACUAGGGAUAAAAGGAGAAAAUGGCUUAUUGUUCAUGGACUUGCACAUUCGUUUCUAAGAAGCAAUAACAGUUCGUUGGGAAGUUAAAGCUACUGAGAGGACAGCAGGCAAACUACCAACUAUCUUCAUGGAAAAUUAGCCACGUGGAAUACACCAGAGGCCUCUAAAGAAUCACCUCUUGAUGAUUCAGGAGGGCGAAGGAGAAAGGUGUAGAGCAGUGGCCAGAUUCGAUGUGCCCAGGCUUUGAGAGCCUCCACCUCCCUGACACCCACCCCUGCCCUGCCCCCAAAGUAUUUAUUUCACUUCUGCUCUGUCUGGGACAGAUGGCAGAUAGUGGUUUGUUCUUUUUUUUUUUUUUUUUUUUUUUUUAAUGUAAAAGGCUAUUUUGAGCCCUGUUACUUUCAACAUCCAGACUCCUCUGAUUGUACCUGCAGUUCCUGAGUAGGAAUGAAGCCAGGGAGACGAAUGGGCCUUUAAAAGUGCAUCUUCUGUACUUGUGACUAAGGAGGAAGCAAUUUAAUGAGAUUAGUGCCUCCCAGGAGGAUUGCACUGGGAGGUUUUUAACCCUGGAAAAGGAAUGGCUCUUUCUAUUUCAGAAUACCAAAGAGCAUGGAUAAACCCAACAUUCCAAAGUAGUGAGUCUAGUAAGGAGGCAAAAUGCAAUGACUUUGGUCCUGUCUCAGAGACUUCUCUAUAGAGCAUCCCAGGCCAGAGACACCACUGGCCCUCUGUAUCGAUUCAAAGAUACUUAAGAGAUAAAAGCUGUUCAGAGUUACUUUCUCUUCUUCCACUCAUUAAUCAUGAUCACUCAUCAUUUCAUAAACAUCCAGUGACUGAAUGAAUAAUUAAAUGCUGGUUACUACUCAAUAUACCAGGUACUGUGCUACUCUUGGGGACUAAACCAUGAACAAGACAGCCCAGAUCCCUGCCCUCAGUGGGCUCACAGCUAAUGUGAUUGCUCUCUCGGUGGGUAAAAGUGAUCACAGCCAUAUGAAAAGUUUUAUCUUGCAGGGAAAAAACAAUUAUAAAACUCUUAACAUAAACACACUGAAACUGUACAAAUACAAUUGUCCAAAUAUCUAAGAUUUUAACUUAAGAGAUAAAGCACAGGUUAGGGGAAGCAUCCUAUGUAUCCUUGGCCAAUCUUGCAGAUCUGUACAUCUCCCCAUUGUAAGCCAAGAAAGGCAAUCAUGUUGGUGAUCGAGAGGACUGAACGGGUCCAAUUAAUCCCAGUUUUUAUCUUUGUUGGACAACAGUACUUUUCUAUGCCCCACACCUCUACUGUUCCUCAUAUCUCCAGGAGACUCACCCCAGCAGGCCGUGGUCCAAAACUGGUGGCCUCUUUUGGGGGCACAUUCUAACCCAUUUUUUUUAAGAUUUAGUAAAUGGAAAGCUAGCCUAGAAACACCAAGUAAAUAUAGUCAAAGGACAUGAGUUGUUUAAAUAUUAGAUUUUUGCACUCAAUUUUAGCCAUAUUUGGAAUGUCAAUAAUCCCGCAGAUUUUCACAGAGGACUUUCAGAAAUUCUUGCCACUGAAUUUUAAUUUCAAAGCUUUUUGGUUUGUUUGCUUUUUAAAGUUUCAUGUUAUAGGGAAAAUAUGAUUCUGAUUGUUCAGGGUUGUUAAUAAUUGUAGUUGUGUAAAAUUUCAUUUUAUUUUGUGUGUAUUGUGCACAGCUUUAGGGGGGAAGUGCACUAAUUGUGCUGUUCCUUAUAAAUGGUACACGUUAUUGGCACAAAUAAAGUUUCUAAUUGUUUCUGACUUAAUCACUAGUGAUACAGCAUAUUCUGUAUGGAAUGUUUUCUCUCAUUGUCAUCUACUUCAUUUUUGUUUUCAUGUUUUGAAGAAAUAAAGACCAAAAAGGUA